CUCCUAAUUUGCCCUUUUGAUUCUCUCAGCCGGCCGGAGAAGACGUGAACGAAAAUGUCUCUCGCAGAUCCCGUGUCUUUUGCCAAGGACUUCAUCGCCGGCGGCGUGUCCGCGGCUAUUUCCAAGACGGCCGUCGCGCCCAUCGAGCGAGUGAAGUUGCUGCUGCAGGUGCAACAUGCAUCCAAGCAAAUCUCAGUCGACAAGCAGUACAAAGGCAUUGUCGAUUGCUUUGUGCGCAUCCCGAAAGAGCAGGGGUUCAUGAGCUUCUGGCGUGGUAACCUUGCCAAUGUGAUCAGGUACUUCCCCACGCAGGCCCUCAACUUCGCUUUCAAGGACAAGUACAAGCAGGUGUUCCUCGGUGGCGUCGACAAGAAGACCCAGUUCUGGCGCUACUUCGCAGGAAACCUCGCAUCCGGCGGCGCCGCCGGUGCCACCUCUCUCUGCUUCGUCUACCCCCUUGACUUCGCCCGUACCAGAUUGGCCGCUGACAUUGGCAAGGGUGGUGCCCGCGAAUUCACAGGCCUGGGCAACUGCUUGAGCAAUGUCUUCAAAUCAGAUGGCCUUGCUGGUCUGUACAGAGGUUUUGGCGUGUCCGUGCAGGGCAUCAUUAUCUACAGAGCUGCGUACUUUGGGUUCUUCGACACGGCUAAGGGCAUGCUGCCCGACCCCAAGAACACCCCGUUCCUUAUUUCAUGGGCUAUUGCACAGGCGGUUACCACGGUGGCUGGCAUUGUGUCGUAUCCGUUCGACACUGUGCGUCGUCGCAUGAUGAUGCAGUCUGGCCGCGCUAAGAGCGAAAUUAUGUACAAGAGCACCAUGAACUGCUGGUCGACCAUUGCCAAGAAGGAGGGCACUGGCGCUUUCUUCAAGGGCGCCUUCUCCAACGUCCUCCGCGGCACAGGUGGUGCUCUGGUUCUUGUCCUUUAUGACGAGAUCAAGAAGGUGUUGUAAGCGCUCGCGACUCUCUUGCCGAUACUCGUCGACAUCUACAUUCAUAAGGAGGAAAGAAACAUGCUCACCGCCACCUAGAGAGCAACCAUAGAGAUUUUGCCACCAUUCCAGUCAGCAUUUUGCGGAAUUUCUCAUUGCAAUGGCAUUCCAGUGGUUAAUUUAUUAGAGUGUCAUUCCAGUAUUCAGAAAUAGGAACAAAAAUAAAACUGAACAAGAAAUAAAAAUUGAAAGAAA